AUGGGUGACAACUGGCUCAGCAAGCAAGUCCAGGGCUACGUCGCCGGCGCGGGCAAGGUGGCCGGUAACAUUGUCUACAGCGUAGGCAAUGGCGUAAACAAUGUUGGUCGCGGAGUUGGUGACAGUAUUACCAACACGACUCGCUACUGGGGCCAGGGUGUUGCAGGCUAUGGCAACAACAUCAAGGAUGCCUCUCGUGCAGGAGGUCCUCGUGUGCCCACUGGCGGAAAUCCCCUUGGCUUGAGUGGCCCUGGAUCGAGCAAAACUUUGAUGCCUGGAGGAAAGUUGCCUCCUGGCAGUCAACAACGUAAUGCUGGCAAGGGCACCGCCAGCAAUCCAUUGGGCCUGUGA